GAAACACACGAUAAUUAGACUAGCGGUAACAACACAUGUAUUCAUACCGUAUUGUUUGUUUCACAUGCUAACAGUAAAUUGAAUCGGGUCAACGGAUGUUGUUUACGUUCUAACACAGUGGUGAUGCAAUGGCAACGAGGAGCUUGCAAGCAAGUAAAUUCGUUUCUCAGAUAGGAUGUUAUACUUAUAGAUCUAGAAUUUUGCUUCCAACUUCGUGCAAAUGUAGUUAUGAAACUGGGCAUAAACUUAAUAGAUUGAAGUCGACACAGACAAAUCUUAAUGUCACUCAAGAAGGAACUUUCAUUGAGAAUCGCCCACCAAAAUGGAAGAGUUUGACUGGUAAACAUCAUCAUCCUGAGAUUGAUUUGACUUUCGAAAAUGCAAAGGAGGCCUACAAAAGCAAAAGAACGUCUGAACUGGUCAGAGCACUGAUGGUUUUCAACUUAUGCUCUAUAAAUUUCUUGGUAGACAAUCAGAAAAAGAUAUUAAAAUGGGCCAGAAAAUUUCUCGGGAAACGUUUGUUUGUCUCCAUGAUGAGACUGACUUUCUACGGUCACUUUGUAGCUGGGGAGGACCAGGAUGAGAUCAAGCCACUAGUCACCAGGAUACGUCAAUUCGGUGUCAAGUCCAUCCUUGACUACAGUGCAGAGGAAGACUUGACCAGUGAGCAGGCUGUGAGUGCAGAAAUGGAGGGAUGCUUACCUCAAGGCAAUGAAGUAGAUAAUCCAGCUGUCAAGGAAGUUGAUGAAACUGGGACACGUUUUCGUGCUCAUGAAGAGUUUGGUGACAGGAGAGUGAAAGUGAUGAGCGCCAGGACAUAUUUCUAUGAGGGCGAGGAGCAAUGUGAUAAGAAUAUGCAGAUAUUUUUGAAUUGUAUUGAUGCAGUCUCACAUGCUACAGAAAAGUCUGGAUUUGCUGCCAUCAAAUUAACAGCCUUAGGAAAACCUUCGCUUUUGCUUCAAAUGUCUGAAGUGCUGGUAACUAUCAAGCAUUUUUUUAAGCUGCUACAGAAAACACAGGGACAGAUUGAUAAAGGUUCAUUACGUUUUGGACUGGAAGACUUUGAUGCCAGACUAAGUGAGAUUGGAGUUCAGUUGAACGACGGCAACAAGAGAAGCUGGGUAUCUGUCAAGGAUAUUUCAAAAGGGUUUGAAGUUGAUCUUCUUGAUUGGGAUAAUUUACUUGAGAUUAACAGAUCAUUAUCCAAACUUCUAGUAGUCCCAAAUUUAAAAACGGGUCAGUUCCAGCCUUUAGUAGAAUGUAUCACAGAUGAAGAAGAAUAUCAAAUGAAAGGAAUGCUGCGAAGAGUGAAUACCUUAGCUAAAUAUGCCCAGGACAAAGAAGUGCGUGUGAUGAUAGAUGCUGAGCAAAGUUACUUCCAGCCAGCCAUACGUCGACUCACCAUGGAGAUGAUGAGAAAGUUUAACAAAGAAAGGAGUGUCAUCUUUAACACUUACCAAUCUUACACAAAGGAAGCCUUCAAUGAUAUUGUUGUAGACAUGGAUUUAGCCAGAAGAGAAGAUUUCUAUUUUGGUGCCAAGCUAGUCAGAGGAGCCUACAUGGAACAGGAGAGAGAACGAGCCCAGACCUUGGGCUAUGAAGACCCAAUCAACCCGAACUACCAAGCUACGACUGACAUGAUGCACAGCAUUAUAGAGGAAGUGAUGAGACAGAUCCAUCUGCGCCCUGUGGGCAGGAUUGCAGUGAUGAUAGCUAGUCACAAUGAAGACACAGUCAGAUAUACAAUAGAAAAAAUGAAAGAGUAUGGUGUUGGUCCGGGAGAUAGAUUGAUUUGUUUUGGCCAGUUGUUUGGUAUGUGUGACCAAAUCAGUUUUCCUCUUGGUCAAGCUGGCUACUCAGUGUAUAAAUAUGUGCCAUUUGGACCAGUGGAAGAGGUUUUGCCAUACUUGUCAAGACGAGCCAUGGAGAAUCGUGGGGUGUUAGCUAAAGUCAAGAAAGAAAAGAGACUCUUGAGUCAGGAAAUUUCUAGGCGCAUUAGGACGGGCCAAGCUUUUUACAAACCAGCGCCAUCUACAGUUUAAAGUUAUGAAUCUAAUGGAGUUUUCUGUCUAGUACCUGUUUACUGUACUAGUUUGUUGCAACAUCACUUCAUUCCCUUAGUUCUUCACAUGAGCAAUAGCUUGGUUUUGUCAUUAUUUUGUUUCAAGUGAAUGCACAAUCCAGAACAGUGUGACUAAAAGAAAGUUUUCUGAUAUACAAAUGGUGUUUGAUAUUAUAUUUACUGAAACAUUUUGCUAUUGUUUACACAGUAGGUUUCACUUUUUUUUUUACCAAGCUAUAUUCUCAAUAAAUGGAUCUGCUGCUGUCAUGAGGAAUGUGCUCUGAUUUUGACUUAACAAUGUUUCUGACCUAGAUGAAAUAUUCCUACUGCAGCUACUUUACUCUUUAGAUCUCAAGAUUCUUGUAAUCCAAAUGUGUAUGGAUCUGAAGUAUUUUUUUUAUUCAUAAUAAAAAAAAAAUCAAUGAUGUUGAAAGACAUUUAUAAGAUUUUGUUUAUUGUACUGACUCUCUAUAUCCUGCCCAUGUCUACAUUGCUGCUUGCCCGGUGGUGCUAGGUUUAGACUCUGACUUAAUUUCUUCCAGAUCUGAGCAUUGAUAUUAUCUGCUCUUCAUUGUGAGGUACAUUUGUAUCUCUGCUGUAGGAGAAUAAUUACAUUUUUAUCUCUGCUGUAGGAGAGGCAUUGUUUUCUGAACUUUAUUCAUCCAAGAGCUUUCUAGUAGUUUCCAAGACUGCUGAAUGUUUUUGAAUCUUCACUUCAUGUUUUCAUAGCUCUACAAUCUGGAGUAACAUCAAGAAUUCUCUCACCUGACCUAAUGCUUUCACCUUUCACAAGAUAAUGUGAUACCUGUUCUUUAUAUUUUGUCCAGAAUCCUCAUAAUGAAAAUGUUUCACAAUUUGUUUACUAUGAACUAUUUGUACUUACACAGUUAAUGACAAAGAUUUACAUAAAAAUACAUGGAUACCGGUACAUUUCAUUUCUCUUUCCUUUUUUCUAAAAAAAUUCUUUACAUAAUUAGAAAAUUUAAUGAAUUGUAGUCACUCCUUACAGACAUCUUUAGUCAAGGAAAUUCUGUGAUAAAGGUUAUCAGGUCAAUAUUUUCCUAUCUCACUUUUGUAAGCAAUAUAUUUCUGUUACGAGAAAAAAACUUUUUGACAAUGUAAUUAUUUUCUUUUUAUGUCUGAAGUUUAUGUUUAUGUGCAGAUAAAUAUUAUCUUUACUAUUAGUUAUGUAUACUGUAGCCUUUGAAAUUAUUUUUUUAAAACAAGAAGCAAUGUGUGAAUAAAAGUCAAUACAAUUUUCA